AUGCCUACCGGGACGAAUGUGGCGAUGAAGGUAUAUGAUAAAAUAAAGCUAUUGGACCCACAGAAACGGAAGGGUGUUAAGCGGGAAAUCAAGCUGCUGGAGCGGAUGUCGCAUCCCAACAUUAUUCAUUUCCACGAUGCUUUGGACUCUACUCGGCAAAUCUUCAUCGUCACCGA